GCGCAUCUCUAUCGUUCCUGUCGUCGCACACGUGUUUUCGUCACCGCACGCUUAUUUUUCUCUCUGUUUCUGCACGAAAUACUCACAAAUAAGAUGGCCGAAGUAGCUGAAACCCCGAGCGUGGAAACCCAAGAGGAGCAGGUGCCAGCCGCCGAAGUGCCGGAGGCUAAGAACGGUGCAUCCAAGGAGGAGCCGGCUCCGGCCGCUGAGGAAUCCGCUGGCGAAUUCUCCAAGCAGGAGCGCGCCAUUAUUCGUCAGGUUGAAUACUAUUUUGGCGAUGCCAAUCUGAAUCGCGACAAGUUCCUGCGCGAGCAGAUCGGAAAGAACGAGGACGGAUGGGUGCCAUUGUCCGUGUUGAUCACGUUCAAGCGAUUGGCUUCCCUGAGCACAGAUCUCGAAGAAAUUGUGGCCGCGUUGAACAAAUCGGAGGAGGGCCUCGUGGAGAUUAGCGAGGACAAGCUCAGUCUGCGCCGCCAUCCGGAGCGUCCAAUUCCCGAGCACAACGAGGAGCGUCGCAAGGAGAUCCAGGAACGCACUGCCUACGCGAAGGGCUUCCCUCUUGACUCGCAGAUUAGUGACCUCCUGGACUUUGCCUCCGGCUUCGACAAAGUGGUCAACCUGACCAUGCGCAAGCACUACGACAAGCCAACUAAGUCGUACAAGUUCAAGGGCAGCGUCUUCAUCACCUUCGAGACCAAGGAUCAGGCCAAGGCCUUCCUCGAGCAGGAGAAGCUCGCCUACAAAGAGCGCGAGCUGCUGCGCAAGUGGCAGGUGGACUACCUCAAGGAGAAGCAGGAGGAGUACGCUCAAAAGAACGAGAAGCGCAAGAACAAGAAAGAAGCCAAGCAGGAGCCGGCCUUCGAGCUGCCCAAGAAUGCCAUCGUUGUUUUCGAGGGAGCCCCAGAGACCUCGACUCGCGAGGAGAUUCGCGAGGCUUUCGAGAAGAUCAAGGACUUCGAGGUGGCCUACAUCGAGUUCGCUAAGGGCGACACCAAGGGCUCUGUGCGUUUGACUGAAGCCGAUGCGGCCGAAAAGUACAUCGCCAAAGUGGAGGAGGGAAAGCUCAAGUUCAACGACGAGGUCUCUCUGACGCUGCGUAAGGCCACCGAGGAGGAGGAGAAGGAGUUCAUCGACAAGGCCAUCGAGUUCAUGAAGAAGCGCCGCGACUUCACCCGCAACAAGGGCAAGCGCUUCAACCGCAAGCGCCACGGCGGAAACGACCACAAACAUGGCAGCAAGAAGGCGCGAGGGGAUUAAAUCCUCCGCCACCCGAGUCCCAUUUCCGUUAAUGGCAAUAGACCAAGCUAAACUGUUACUCGGUAGAUCUAGUUGACCUAGCUGUAAGCUCUUACUUAUAUUACAUAUGCUUUCUUGUAGUUUGCGAAAUAAUCGUAAGAGGAAACGAAUUUUCUCCAAAAAAUAUGUAUAGUCUGUUACAUAGAUAACGAGAUGAACUCUAAUUUAUUUUACAUAGAAGACUACGAAUCCAUUUGUUUCCUUAAACAGAAAGCUAAUAAUAAAGACCAGUUUGUAAAACCCAAA